GAUAUUAGAGACAAAAUGAUGUUCCUAAUAACUAUAACUGUGUGCGUAGGACUAGGUUUAGCACAGAUCGCGGAACCAUGUGACAAAGAUGCCUGCCAGCUCCCGAAUUGCCGGUGUUUCUCCGAUCCAGAUAUUCCGGGAGGACUAACCGCAGCGGAAACUCCGCAAAUCGUUACCAUUUCAAUGGACUACACCCUGAAUAGCGAAUAUGAACCUCUUUAUGACCAGAUCUUUGUUGUCAACAACCCAAACGGAUGUAAGAUCACAGGAACGUUUUACAUCCAGGAUCUCAACACUAAUUACGCAUUAGUGAAAUCAUAUCAUGACAAAAAGUUCGAGAUAGGCGUGAGCUCCAUCGACGGUACUCUUCCGACAACGUCAACAGAAUGGAUCGAAUUAAUGAAAUCUGUCAAAGACAAAAUCACAACAGCCCCAGUAGACGAAAAGGAAAUAUAUGGAUAUCGGGCGCCUCAACUGUCACCUGGUGGGGACGAUAUGUUUAUAGGUCUCGCCGACCAAGCGUUGCUGUACGACUCCAGUUGCGGGACGGCGGAAUACGCUUCGCAGACGACACUCAAGUGGCCAUUUACGUAUGACUAUGAUUAUGGAUCAUUCACGUGUAACGGUGGUCAGGCCGUCAGCUUGAAAUUUCCAGGUCGGUGGCAGGUGUUAAUUCCAGAACUGGAUUUCAAUGAUCAGAAGUGUGCAACACCCCAAAGCUGUACCAAUAUCAUGACGAAAAAAGAUGCAUUUGAUAUCCUCUACAACAAUUUUGUCAAACACUACGACGGAAAUCGUGCCCCUUACACCGUAGUUGUAGACCCCGUUUGGAUGAAGACUGACUUCAAACUGGAGGGACUCAUACAAUUUGUGGAGUACAUCCGAGCAGCCUUUGAUGAUGUGUGGGUUGUUACCCAGAUACAGGCUCUCCAAUGGGUACAGAACCCCACUCCCAUCGCCAACCUUACAGAUUUCGAACCAUGGAAGUGCACCUAAAUCUCGCUGUAAUCGCGGGCAGACGAGAUUUUGGAUGAUUAAACAUA